AUGUCUGAUGCUGAACAAGAUUUGCUCCUGAAAGUUGAUCAUGUUAAGUAUCGCAAAGCGGGGGAAGGACGCUCUCCUGUUGGACGACUUUUAGUUUACAAGUUUGAAAAAAAAUGUGCGCUUUUUUGAUGGUGUACUUUUAGGGAAUACGUAGAAUGGAGAGAUAAUACUAGUCCAGAGGUGCUGAAUCUCAAGUUUAUGCAUAUUAAAGGUAUGAAUAUAACGGAAAGCUUCGAAAAUAUUUAAUUUAAAGGCCAGAGAGUGUCUCCGCCACACAAAGCGAAGGUUCAGCUCCAGUUGAUCCUCCAAAAUGACGACCAGGCCACUUUUGUGUUUCUGAACCCUGAUUUGGACAAAAAUGGUCAAGCAAAGGAGAGAGAUGCUGUUAAAGAGACCCUUCAACAGGCUUUGAUCGCUCAUCGGGCUAGAGUUAAUCAGGUUUUUCAUAAUAGCUUCUGUUAUGGACUGAAAUGAAUGUUUCAAGCUUGCCGCUUCCGUUGAAGAAAGGUUCGAAAGACAGCGGAACUCGAGGCGAAGCAGAAGUUGCUGUGGCAAAACAAGCAGUUGGAGCAGCUUUACAAGCAUCUCGUCAGCACGAAACUCAUCUCUCCGCAAGAUUUCUGGGCCGAUUAUUAUAAAAAUGUGGAGUUGAAAUAUAUUUUUAGGUUAGAAUGAUGUUAUUUGUGAUUUAGGAAGGAAUGGUUGAAGACAAGGCGGGAAUCAGUGGCGCGUUUUUGGCGAAUAUAGCUCAGCAAGAGGGUGCAAAUGGCGUCAAGCUUAAUUUGAAUGCUGAGAUUAUUCAAGCCAUUUUCAAUACCUAUCCGGCAGGUGUGUUUUAAUAUUUUGUUAUGGUAUGUAAUCUGUUGUUUCAGAGAAAAGUUUAGUGAAGGUAUUUUGACGAAGAACCCUUUUCAGAGGUGAUCAAGUUGAGCAAGAAAUUCUGUGUUUUUAAAAAAGCUUUUGUAUAAUAUUUUUGAAUUUUAUUAAGCUUCGUUUCGGGUUUAUCAGUUAAUCAUAUGAUCUCAAACAAGGCUUGAAAUAAGUCUUAGAAACAUCUUAGAAACAAUUUUAAGGAAUCGAGUUUUUUUCGCAGAGGUUUUUUAAAUUGGGAGAUCUUCAAAAAUGCAUGAAAGUCGAAAUUUCAAUAAGAAUUUUGCGUAGUUCCCCUCAAAAAGCUGAAAUGAUUUUUUUCUUCUGUUUCGCUGGCCAAAAAAACCACAGUUGCACAGAAAAAAUCCGCGGAACUGCAUUUGAAUCAAAUUCUUUUGAAAAAGAAGAUGAUUUUUUUAAUUGGCGAGAAGUUGAUAACAGUGAAAUUAUGUGUAUUUGAAAGGUGAAAAUCUUAAAAUUAUGUCUAUAGAUCGCAAAAUUUUGUUUAAAAAGUUCAAAGACAGCUACACGGGAUAUGAAAAUUAGCUAUUUUUGGAGUUUUCUGAAUGAUGUUAGCUUUCAAAUAGUUCUGGAUUCACCAUCGUCGCUAUUUUCACGAUGAAAAAAAUUUACUUUAUUUCAAGUUUUCUUUCGCGAAAUUCUUCUGUGCCACCCUGCCAAAAACCUCUCAAAAUUUCUUAUCCAGCGAAUCUCAAACUCUUCUCGUUUCAGUGGAACAGAAGCACCUGGAACUCGUCCCACACGAAAUGACGGAGACUCAGUUUUGGUCGAAAUUCUUCCAAUCCCACUACUUCCAUCGGGAACGGGACGUGAUGCCCAAUCCGAAGGAUCCCUUCGCCGAUUGCGUCAAAAACGACGACGCCGAGAUCGGGAAGAUGCUCGCCGACGGCGUCAAUCGCAAGAGAUUCGACCUCGAUCAUCUCGACGACAACUCUUUGAGGGACUUCCUCCAUGUUCGUUCUUUUUCUGAGGAUUUUUAUAGUUUAUUCGAAAAUGCUUUUUCGAAAUUUAAACUUAAGUAUAAUAACAGUUUAAAAAGGUCUUAAGGCGAAAAAAUUUUUUCAGUGUACUUUUAAGUCUUUCAGAACUUCUGGGCCUCCGAAUAACUAAAUUAGAAAUUCCAGAGUGGCCACUAUAGGGGUUAGAAAGACAAACAGCCCCUACAGAGGUGAAAAAGUGAUCCCUAUAGGGGUUUAUGGUCUGACCCUUACAAAAUUAUAUUUUAUUCUUCUCUUUUUGAUCUUCUGCCUAACUAAAAUUUUGAAACGCUCAAAAAAUUUGAAAUUCGAGGGCGUUUCCAUUUUUUCGGUUACUGUUGUUAUUUUCAUUCGCUUUUAAUCAUUUUGGAUCUUUCAGUUUUUAUUCUGAUUAAAAUAAGAAAAAAUCUUCUGAAAGAGCUGAAUGUACCGAAAUCUUAUUUAGAGUCGAAGAUUAGGAAAACCUUGGAUAAAAAUGACAAAAUUUUUAAUUUGCAAAAAGGAGGUUUUUGAUGUCUUAACCUUUUUUUAAUCGAACAUUUGAGCAUCCCAAUAGGAUCAGUUUUUAAAUAAAAUUCCGACUUGAGGGGAAAAAUUACUCGAAAGCCACUGUUAUCAUUUUCAAAUUUUUCCAGAAAUCAGAAUCUCAACCAAAGUCGACGAAGCAGACGUUGAUCCGACGAUGCAACUAUCUCUCGGAGAAAAUCGUCCAGACCUCGUCUUUGUUGACGGGAAAUCAGCAACCCAGUGGAAGUGCUCAGAACGGCGAAAGUUCGACGUCUUUGGGAAGACCCAGGGGUUUCGCUGCUUUAGGGGUCGGUUUGGGCUCGCAGAGUUGUUUUUUGAGAGUUGGGAAGGAGAUUUUAACUAGGUCUGUUGCAGAGAACCUGUGUUAGGGGGUGGGGGAGAAAGUUUCAUAUUUCCUUAAAAGCUGCAAUUUUUUUCUUUUUUAGCUUCAAAUUUUUUUAUUGAAAUGAAAUAAAUUUGAAAAAAAUGUUAAAGAUUGAUCAUAGAAUGAAAAAAACUCAAAAAAAUUAUUAUAUUUUUUUAUUUAAGCCAAUUUUGAAACAGUAUGAGGAAUUUUAUGAAUGAUGUUUCUAGAGUGAAAAGAUUCCCUAUCCGUUAUUUUAGGAUUUCAGAAGAAAAAAAUUGAUGAAAAAGACGAUUCUUUCCAGAAAAUAGUAGCCGACGACGAAACCCGGUUAGAGUCGGAGGAACUGCAAGAAACGGUCGAAGAAUCGGACAUCCAGCCGAUCCGGAUCGAUGAGCAGUCCAUUGCUGAACGGGUAAAUAAUAAUGAUUUUUAAAAAAUUUUUGAGUGUGAAAUUUUUCUUUUUUUCUUAUACCAAAAAGUCUUUUUCUUCAAUAAAAUGCACAUCGACAGAUUUGAUGAGUUCAAAAAAAGAUAAUUUUAAAGUUUUUCCAUGCAUUUUCUGCACUAAAGAUAUCUGCUUAGUCUGGCACGAAAAAAAGCGAUAUCGCAGGUACAUUAACGAUAUCGCGAAUUACCCGCGACUUCGCCUUUCUAUCGAUUUCCUCAUGCUCAAAAAAAAGGGUUUUUUCUCGAAGGCGAUAUCGCACCCAAAAAAUAACGCGAUAUCGCGCCAAGGAAAACGCAAGUCCUUCGUGGCUACAAAGUAGCUUUUUCGCGAUAUCGCUGCACCGGCCUCUUUUUUUUGGCGCGAUCUCGAGUUUCUUUACGUUUUUUCUCAUGCACUCAGUAGAAUUGUCAGAUUUUCUAAAAAAAAAACCCCGCACGACAUAUUUGCGAUAUCGCCAAAGUGCCGCCAGCGAUAUCGCCUUUAUAUCGCAUUCAUUAUUUUUUUUUUGCCUCACAAAGGUUUUUUCCAGAAAACAUACCCUCCGAAAGACGCGAAAAUGUACAAAUCCCUCGUUCUCAGCUUAUUUGACGAUAAAACUGAUGAGGUUUCUUUCAAUUUAUUCAUUUUUCUCAUUGAUGAUUUUCAGGACAUCCUUUCCGGUACUGGAGAUUUGAUCGAUUUUGACGAUUCUCAUACGAAGAAUGGAGUGAUGAAAAAUGGGAACAGUGUGAGGAUUUUACUAUUUUUCGUAUAGUCUGUUCAGAUCUCAAAUGUCAAGUAGUCGCUUAAGCUCCGCCCCCUAAUGGCGCGAUAAACCAAUCAGAGAGCGAGCCAUCCGCAGAGCGUUUUUGAAUGACGUCAUUCUACUUGACAUUCAAAAUCUGAACAGACUAUAGCAGAGUUUUUUGCGCUUGUUGAAAAUUUGUUAUAUGUAAAAAUGACUUCGAGCGGCUAAAAAAACAGGGUUUCGAGCAAUACGGCGCCUCGAAACUGGAAAAAAAUACAGGAUUUUUGAGCAACUAGUGAAAACUGUGUCUCGAAACAAAAAGAGUUAUUGUGGGUGGAGAUUACCGUCUCCGGAAUAUAAUUAUCUUUUUAUUAACGGGUUAUUUUGAAUUUAAACGAAUUUACAGACUUUCAUAUAUUUCUGUCGUUAUGAAUAUCUUCAAAUCCACUUCAGAAAAAAACUAAAAUAUGUCUGCUUGCAAAAAAAAAUGGGGUCUCGAUACGAAAAUAGUUAUUAGGAGUUGAGGAUACUGUAAAGUUUAGCGCUCUUUUGUGCAACCCCGUAAUUUAUCUAAUUACAUCGUUCCUUGUUACGGGGAAAAGAAAACCAAUCAUUUCUGUACAGAAAGAAGUGAACGGAUGCCCGCCCCCGGAAAAAUGGGGACUCCCUCCGACGGACCUCGCAGAACUGAAGGCCGUCCACAGUUCCGUCGCCGAGUUGUGUCGACAUUUCUGGUCUUGUUUCCCGCCGACGACCGCCCGAACUCGAGGCCAAGGUACAGUUUUGUGAAUAUUUUUAGGAUUGUAGGCUCGGGAUACGGCUAAUAACAGAAUAUAUAUAGGCCAAAGUAAAAAAACUAUUUAGUUUAUUAGAAGGUUAGGUAUGGAUUGGGAUGAGCUGGUGAAGCUAGCAAAUAAAAAGGAAUUCAGUUCUAGCUUGAUCAAUUUAUCGAUUUAUUUUCACGAAAAGAGUUACAUAAUUCUAAAUAAAUCGUAAAAAUCGUUUAAAUGACUGAAAUUCAAAUAUUUCACUAUUUUUGAGCUGUUUUGAGCGUUUUUUUGAAAAAAAUUCGUUCAAUUGGAUGAGGACCAGAACUAAAGAAUUUCGGCAUUCACCUCAUUUUCAUAUAAAUUAAUAAAUUUUCGAUACUAUCAAAUUAUUGAAAUCUUCUGAUCUGAAGAUUUGUAUCUGUGUGUACCUUAUCUUGUUAGACGGAUUUGAAAAAGUUCAAGUUUUUUGAGAGGUCAUGGAAAAAAAUUGGAAGUUUAGAGAUUUCAUCAAAAUUCGCUUUCUUUAACUUUUUUCACCGUUUCAAGCCCGAUAUUUAAAAAAUACCCGGAGAAUAACUAUACUUCGUAGUUCGCUAGUGCAUUCUAAAUUUAUUCAUUUUCAGAUCGAGCGAAUGGAACAAACUUUGACGAAAUAUGAAACUGAGCAGCUUUCCGAGUUCGCCAAGCGAUUUGGGCGGUCAAACGUGGGGUUUUCUUUGUUUUGACCAACUUAGGGACUUCAGAGAGGUCCCUAUAGGGGCAACCUCAAGAUUCCCAUCCAGGGAGCGCUUAGGGGCCCGAUCAUAAAACUAUAAGGACCACCUUUAACCGUCUAGGGAGCACUAUUUUGUCGGAUAAAGGGCUGUUUUUUCCCUAACCCCUGUAGGGACCACUCUGGAAUUCCUAAAGUUUAGUCUCCAGUCGCAGUGGGAUUUUUGAAAGAGAUCAGGGUUUUCUAGGGCUAGUUUUUAACAUGCUGAUUCUAUUUCUGGUCUUAGAAAGUGCCGGGGAGGUCUGUGAAAAAAGAUAUAGACCCUCAAAAGUCAGAAAAUUUCUGGGUCCGCAGCUCAUAUUUGGAGGCUAGUCUGUUCAGAUUUUGAAUGUCAAGUCGCCGAUCAAGCUCCUCCCCUAAUGGCGCGAUAAACCAAUCAGAGAGCGAGCCAUCCACGGAGCGUUUUCGAAUGACGUCAUUCUACUUGACAUUCAAAAUCUGAACACACUAUAUAUAGAUCUUGUCCCUCUGGUAGCAAAAAUAAUCAUUUUCAGCCCAGAUAUGAUUUUUUGAUCUUCAUCAAUGUGAAUCAACGUAAAAAUAAUGCUUCUAAAGAACCUAGUCCCAUUCAGAAGUCCACUGGUAAGCAAGAAAGCUUGAAAAAGAUUUUAAAAAAAUUUUACAGAGCAAAAUGUCUUAAUUCCAAUAAUUUCUCAUUUUACAGAUCGAACACUGUUCCAACAUGAUCCUACGGGCACAUGAACGCUACAAAUUGUACGCGGAACGAAGGAAAAAAUAAAAAACUGAUUAUUCUUGUCACUUGGUAGAUGCCAAUUUCAUCCCCUCACAUAUAUCUAUUUAUUUCUGUUUUACCGAACCCUGUUGUUAAUAUGAUCUCCUCUUAUUUUCUCUUUUUAAUUCAUUAAUUGUCAUUUUUACGAGUAUUUUCUGUUGGCCUUGUUUUAUGGAAUACAUGAAUUUUCUGCUUUUUCCCAUGGUUUUUGAUUUUCAAAGCUGAUUUUAUCAUUCGUGAUAAUAUUUUAUGAUUAUAUCAAAGUAAGGGUCUCUCACGCUUCACAUUUGAAAUUAAGAAGAUGAAUCUUUCAGAAAUUGAGCUUUAAAAUAAUUUUCUCAAGGGCUUAUGAUCACCGUAGGAACAGGAAAUGUUUCAAUAAGCCUAAAAAUUUAUUUCGAAAUAGUACUAAUUUUUGUUUAGAGCAUUUUUGUUGCAUUUCGAAACAAAUAUCAUUUUAUUCAGAUGAAGCGACUUUUGUCGCUUGCCAGAACGGGUGCCGCGCUUCUGUCAAAGUCGCAUCAGAAUCAGACGAUCAGAAGACGUUGGCUGACGACGUCGACGGGCGAAGAAGACGCCUCGACGUCUUCUGAAGACGUCCCGGCGACGUUGAGACCCGACCUCGACUUUGACUUUUUGCUCGACGACGCCAACUUGCAGAAGAUCAGGAAGAAUAUCCAGUGGGUGUUGGGAAAAUCAAGAGAAUUUGAAAUGUAUAGGUUCUUCGAAAAAAAAAAAGAUAUCUUUCAAUUUUUGAACGGAAGAAAAAAGGUAAAAUUCCAGUAAUACCAGGUUUUUUAAGGAUAUAAAGCUAAAAUAUUUACUUGAAGGAAAUUGAAGCCGUGUUUAAAGUAAUUUUCGCGAAAUGUUAAAUUAUCUCUGACUCUCCAGAAUGUAGUUAUCUUUUUUUCACUCUCUGACGGCUUUUUUUGAUUUUCGCGGAAUCAUUUUGAAACGGGAAAGUUCGUUAAUGUUCAAUAUUUUUUGAAGAUUAAUCUCGAGCUUUUUAGGGAACGGAAAGGCGUCGGAAAUAUUGAUGCAGUUCGAGAAAAAUGGGCGGCGAUCCAAGAACUCAUGAAUUCCGGUGGAAAACCGCCCGGAAUGACCGAAGCCAAGUAUGCUCAGAUGUGGAGUGAGGUAUGUAGAAAACGAAAAAUUUUCUAGAAAACUAUUGAAAUAUUACCGAAUUCAGCUUUACGAUGAAGCCUUGGCAAUUCCAAAUAUGUCGGAAGAUAGUGUGCCCCGCGGUGGGAUCGAGCAGGCCAAGGUAAUUUUUUCUGAACGGUGUAGAAGUUUAUUAUAGGAUCUACAACUUAACAUAAGCCUGAUUUGAAAUGAGUUUCAAGGUGCUCGCGGAAUGGGGAACCAAGCGGGAAGAUGACUGCUUGACGGCUGAGAAACUCGUUCAGCCGUGGCGCGCCCUGUUUCAUCCAACUGAAGCCUCCGGCCAGAGGAGCUACGUUUUUACAGGUUCUUUCCGAAUCCAUCAAUGUUAUAGCAUAUCAUAACUAUACCUGGACAAGUACAGAGCACAAUCAGUUCAGUAAGAGGAGGAAAUUCAGCGAAACAACGAGUGUAUUUCUAAGCUCAGGGAGAUAGUUCUGGCAAGAAAAAGUUAAGAUUCAACCUCAGGAAGUUAAUUCUGCUUCCUUUUGAAGCGCUUGAGCGGCAUCGGUAUAGCUGAUUCACGGCUGGCUUGAGCCAUCGAGAAGAGGGUCAUGCCACGAAAAGAGACGAGACAGUGCCCUGGUUGGCGGAGAGUGCAGACAGGCCACGCCUUUUUGCGUCCCAAGCUAGCCGUGAAUCGUCUAUACCCCAAGUAAAGUAGCCGAGGUCAUAUACUGAUAAUGGUUGUACUGGCUCUAGUGACAUAGUCGCUCUUGUAUGUGACAGCUGGGGAUUUUUAAAGCCCUGGUUUCUCGAACUUGUGACCCUAUGAACUGUAGACAGGCCCACAACCUGUUGCGCCACGGCGCGCCCAUAGACAGCACGGUAAACUUGGAGGGACUAGACAAAAGAAGAAAAAACCCAGAAUCUUACUCUCCACGUUUUACACACUCUCUGAAAGCAUGUCAAUUUAACAGAGACCAGCUUCUCAGACAGUGUGUAGAACGAGGAGAGUACGAUUCUGGUCUCUCCAUGUUUAUAGCUGAUUCACGGGCAGCUUGGGACGCUAAGAGGGGCGUGUCCUGUCUGCACUCUCCACAAGCCAGGCGCUAUCUCGUGCAUUAUCGUGUCAGGACCCUUUUUUCGAUGGCUCAAGCCAGCCGUGAAUCAGCUAUACCAUGCUCUCUCAACUGAUGCCUGAUAGUUUCUUCCGAGCUUUGAAGUAGGUAUGCUAUGCUUAGCUAAUUCACGGAUGGCUUGAGCCAUUAAAAAAGGUCCUGACACGAUUUUUAAAAAAAACGAGAAAAUGCUUGGUUGGUGGAGAGAGCAGACGUCUCUUUGCCUGCCAAGCUAGCCGGGAAUAGGCUAUUUGACCAGAACCAGAACAUUUCACUUCAGAACUUUUUCUCUCAAACAGUUCGAUUUUUGAGGUCCCUUGGCACGAUUGGAAAGCGCCCUUCUGGACUAUGCCUAUGAACGCGCCAAUGUCCUUGGCUUCAAGCCAAUCAGCGUGUCCGAUAUUGUUUCCGGUGACGUCACGGCCGCCUGUGGCCUCAGUCAGCGGAGUGAUCAGAAUAUCCAGGUAUAUAGUCCAUUCGACUACUCUGCACCCUCCUCGUCUCUCGGGGACCCUCUCAUGUUUCCGUGCUAUUUUUAUGUUUUUCUGAUCUCGCCGGUGAGAGAACAGAGAGACGGAGACACUCGCGAAUGAUUUCUUUGCGCCCUCCUUGUGUCUCGGCGACCCUCUCAUGUUGACGUGCUAUUUUCAUGUUUCUCGGAUCUCAUCGGUGAGGGAACAGAGAGACGCAGACACUCGGAAAUGAUUUCUCUGCGCCCUCCUUGUCCCUCGGUCACCCUAUCAUUUUUGACGUGCUAUUUUUAUGUUUCUCUGAUCUCGCCGGUGAGGGAACAGAGAGGCGCAGACAGUCAGAAACUUUCAAGUCGCGGCAAUUUUCUCAUCAUGCAAAAAACUCCAAAUUUCCAAACUCCAGUACUCGCUUCUCAAAGAACCCUCCGUGAAGCUGUCCGGAACUGCUGAGAUGGGGAUCGCGGCCUUUAUGAGGGGCCGGACUUUUUUGGAGGAACAAAUGCCGGUCAGAGUCAUUGCCCUCAGUCGGUUAGUUCCAUAACCUUCAAAAAAAAAGAUGAAAGUAUUAUUUUCCAGCUGUUUCCGCCCUGAAAUCAGCAAAUCGGCCAGCGAGGCCAAACUGUACAGAGUUCAUGAGUUUACCAAGGUUUUGUACUUUUUUUUGUAUUUUGAGAUCUUGAAGUCUUAGCCGAAAGGGUUUCCUCUCUUAGGAACGCUAGAGUGGUUCCUAGAGGGGCACUUGGAGAUUCUCCUAUAGGAACCAAAUUAGAUCCCAGAGGCUCUGCAAAAGUGACCACUUUAGGGGUUCCGGUUAGUGGCCUCUAUAGGGAAAAUGCUAGUCGUUUAGUGUUGUUUAAUUGGUUGAAAAAAUAUCAGAGGGUCAUCAAUCGAUCAAUUUUUAACAAACGUGUCUUUUCAAAUUUCAACAAAACCACUGUAGGGACCUCUCAGACCCUGAACCUCUAUUUUUUGCCCUAACCCCUCGAGGGACCACUCUGGCUGUUCUAAGUAUUACAAGUCCUUUGGAAAAGUUUCAAUUUGAAUUUAUGAUUUAAAAAAAAAAAUCAAAAAAAUGAAAAUAAGUUUUCCUGCAUUUUCUCAUUUUUUGAAGACGUUCAUUGAUUUUUUUUUUAAUUGAUUUUUUUAUAAUUUUUUUCGAAAAAUGCAGGUAGAGAUGUUCACAGUGUGUACGCCGGAGCAAAGCCAAGCGGAACUCGAUUUUUUGACUCAAAUCCAAAAAGGAACCUUCGAAGCGCUGGGCAUCCAUUGCAGGUUUGAAAUGAGGCUCAAAAAUUUUCCUAACUUCUAAAAAGUUGAAAUUGGUAGGAAAACUUGCUAUGAAAUUAUCGGAUAAAGCUCGUUCAGAUCACAUAAAAAUUAAAAUUUCGGUUAUUAGAACGAUUUUUAAGUUGCAUCUGCGCCUAAUGGAACAACAGCUUCAAACUGCAGUUUUUCCAAAAUUUAGGCUUUCAGAAAUUUUUUUAUAACGUUAUAAGAUUCAUGGAUAUUACUGUGACAAAAAAAUAAAUCAUCUAAAAAAAGGAAAUUAGAGGUAUUUUUAGAUAAAUUAUUUCACAUAAUUUCAUUUUUUUAGGGUUAUAGACUUCCUGAAAAAAUAUCCUACCUCAUACAGUUGAAUUUUUUUCACUUUACUUCAGUUUCCAAAGCUAAUUUAAAUGAAAAAUUUUGUUUUUGUCCCAAAAAAGGCUCAAGAAAAGCUUGUAGACAAUUGGAAAUGCCGACGGAAGAAUUGGGAGCCCCGGCGGCCCGGAAAAUCGACGUCGAAGCUUGGAUGCCCGGAAGAAAACUGUACGGAGAAGUGUCUUCGGCGAGCAAUUGCACGGAUUAUCAGUCGAGGAGACUUGGUCGGUACUUUUAUAUUUAUAUAGUCUGUUCAUAUUUUUUUAAUGUCAAGUGCAGUUACGUCAUUCAAAAACGCUGUGUGGAUGGCUCGCUCUCUGAUUGGUUUAUCGCGCCAUUAGGGGCGGAGCUUGAUCGGCGACUUGACAUUCAAAAUCUGAACAGACUAUAUAUUUAUUUAUUUCAUUCACAAGGGAUAUACUCAUUGAAAAGUUGAGAGAUGAGAUAAAAAAGAAAAACUGAGGCGAAUGAAAUAAGAUGAACCCCGAUUUUUACAGCACCCCAACGAGUGCAGUUACCGGGACUAGUUACUUAAAGGCAUAGGGGCAGUAAAAAACGAUGUUUCAGUUCAAAGCAGUACUUUUUAGAGUUUUUCUUUGCUAAUCGAAUGGUGAACUUGGAAGCGUACCAAACUUCCUAGUUUUGGAGAAAAAAAUUCAAAGUCGGAGAAAGGAAAGUUUGAGUUCCCGCCAAAAAGGCUUUUACCCGUAAAAAUUUAUAGUUUUUGAAAUAUGAACUUCAAAAAAAUAUCCUCAAAACCCGUUAAAGUAUACUAUUUUUGGGCUUUGAGCCCUUAUUUUUUUGAAAAACUAGGAAGUUAUACAAGUUGAAAGGUUCAGGACUUUUUUUCUGGUACAUCAAUGAGUUUUCUGGACAAUUUUCUGGAUACUCCGAACCGCAAAGUGGAAUGACCUGCCUUGUGGGAAUAAAAUUGUUCGGCUUGAAAAAAAUAUAAAAAGGAAAGCGAAAAGAUAAUGAAAGUAUAAAGUAAAAAUAUGAAAUAUGACCCUCUUUAAAAAGUUCUUUCUUUCUAGGUAUCAAAUACAAGACGAAAGAUGGAACUUCGAGGUUCACCCACGUGUAACGGAACCGCCCUGGCUACCACUCGAGCCAUAAUCGCCUUGUUGGAAACUAUCCAAAAUGUUCGUUCCAAUCAAUAAAUCAAUAUAACCAUCAUUUUCCAGGAAAAGAAAGGCAUCGCCGACCUUCCUGACGUCAUCGCCCACCGAAUCAAAAAAGAAAGAUUCCCCCCGAUCCGAUUCCAACCUGCCAAGCCGUUGAAUUAA